GUCGCUGAGCCAACAGAGUAAGUAUAGGUAUUAAGACAACUAAUGAAAAUAUGUUUACAGAGACCUUCAAUCCGGUUAGCCGUCGUGGCAGCACUGUACCUGGUGACAGGUUCAGAAGCUGGUGUUGAAAUAAGACGCGCUGGCUGGCUCGACCGUGUUGUUGCUUAUCAUAAAGAAAAGUUCAUUAAAGAUGUCGAGAAAUUCGCACCAGUAAACAUAAAUGUGACAUUAACGAAAGCACCACCCGACUUUGUCGACUCUCAAGAAUGGGAUUAUAAUUCUGUAAUACGCCUCCUGGCGCUGAUACGCGAGAGUGAGACCCCAGUACACGUGAGAAGAGAACUGCGAAGAAUGCUGAAACCCACGAGAAGAAUCAUGAUGAGCGUUAAAGAGAGCAUGAAAUUCUUUCCCAGUCUUAGCAAGUUGGAAUCGAAUUCAUUCUACUACGAUAUUGAGUAUUAUGACUCUGAGGAGCUGCCACCUCCGCCGAGGGUGCCCGAGGAUGAGGUAGUCGUGGUCGUCUCGAACCCAGUCGAGGCUCGCUUGCCCAGCGCUAGGAUCAGUGUUAAACUGCUAAGGGAGAUAUUACUGGCUCGUGCUAUAGCAGCCCGCGCUAUGCCAAGCACCGAGAAAUCCACAAUACCCUGGAUUCCAAUGAACAAGACCAAUGCUGCGGCCACUAGUGCUGCGGCCCCUAGUGCUGCGGCCCCUAGUGCUGCGGACCCUAGUGCUGGGGGCUCUACUACUGAUGCCACUGAUAAUACUACCUAAAACAUAACCAGCGGACUAAACGUGGGAAUAAAUCUAACUACCCACGUAUUUAAAUGUCAUAUUUUAUUUAUUUUUUUAGUUUUUGUAGUUGUAA